AUGAGCAGCAACCGACCAGAACGACCCGCAAAACCACAACUCCCAGAGCCCCGAAACCACCUGCAUUUCGAUCCCUGGCAGUCAGCCUCAACAGGACACCAGCGCGCAGACGAAGGCGGCGGUUUCCUCGGCUCAACCUCAUGGCGCAAUGCGCGCUCCGCAAAAUUGACCAUGCAGUAUCAAAGUGGGGAUUGCCUUCCAGGGCGGGGAAGGGGGAACAAGACCACGCGAGAGUCGACGCUUGUACCCGGUGCGUUCGAUGGGACAUGCGCGUCGCAGUCGCCGCCUAAAGUCCCCGCUUCCGGUGAAUGGGCUGUGGUACCUGGGGAUGUGGCUAAGCGGAAUGAGCUCGGCGUUCGGGAUAUUCGGUCGUUUAUGGGGGUUAGCAAAAGGAAGGCUGUGGAUAGGUUCGGAAAUGAUACUAAGGCAGAGACAAAAAGGCCCAGGACUGUUGUUGGAAGGAUUCGAAGUCUAAGUCCGGCUCGACAUGCAAAGGAAAUGGAAAAGGAAAAGGAAAAGGAAGUAUCUCAAAUAGAAGACAAUUCCCCACCCGAGUCCCGCCCUGGUACCAGCCUCGAUCCCAAAGCAACUUCGAGUAUCUUCGCCGGUGUUACGAUCUUCAUAAAUGGCUCCACGCUCCCCCAGAUCUCGGAGUAUAAACUCAAACAUCUACUCGCAUCGAACGGUGCUAAGACUUCUAUCUACAUGGCCCGGAAGACGGUGACGCAUAUUCUUGUUGGACAGCCCAAUACCGGGGCUGGGGUUGGAACGGCUGCGUCUGGUGCAGGGGGAGGCCUUGCUGCAAGUAAGCUCCAGCAGGAAAUUGCCCGUGGGGGAUGGAAAGGUGUGAAGGUUGUUAGUGUGGACUGGGCUCUCGAGAGUAUCAAAGCUGGACGUUGUCUUGCGGAGUCCCGUUUCCCUGGUAUGCAUGUUGCCGCCAAGGGGCAGCGAAGUGUUGCUGGGAUGUUUGGUGCGCAGGGAGUGAAGAAGUGA